CCCGCCGGCCUCUGCGUCCCAGAAUCCAAGAUGGCGGGGUCCUGGCGGAAGGGUCCCCGGGCUGGAGCGCGGUCGUUCUUCUGCGCCUUCUGCGCCCUGCUGCUGUCUUUAAGCCAGUUCGUCGGGAGCGACAGCGUGGGAGGCGACGCUGCGGCCCCCGGCACCUCGGGCAGCGCAGCCGACCUGCCACACCGCCGUUUCGAGUACAAGUACAGCUUUAAGGGGCCGCAUCUGGUGCAGAGCGAUGGGACCGUGCCCUUCUGGGCCCACGCGGGGAAUGCUAUUCCAAGUUCAGAUCAAAUUCGAAUAGCACCAUCAUUAAAAAGCCAAAGAGGUUCAGUGUGGACAAAAACAAAAGCAGCCUUCGAGAACUGGGAGGUGGAAGUGACAUUUCGAGUGACUGGAAGAGGUCGAAUUGGAGCUGAUGGCUUAGCAAUUUGGUAUACAGAAAAUCAAGGCUUGGAUGGCCCUGUGUUUGGAUCAGCUGAUAUGUGGAAUGGUGUUGGAGUAUUUUUUGAUUCUUUUGACAAUGAUGGAAAGAAAAAUAAUCCUGCUAUAGUAGUUGUAGGCAACAAUGGACAAAUUAAUUAUGACCAUCAAAAUGAUGGCGCCACUCAGGCUUUAGCGAGUUGUCAGAGGGACUUCCGUAACAAACCCUAUCCUGUCCGGGCAAAGAUUACCUAUUACCAGAAAACGCUGACAGUCAUGAUCAAUAAUGGCUUUACACCAGAUAAAAAUGAUUAUGAAUUUUGUGCCAAAGUGGAAAAUAUGAUUAUCCCCAAACAGGGGCAUUUUGGGAUAUCUGCUGCAACAGGAGGUCUUGCAGAUGACCACGACGUUCUCUCCUUCCUGACCUUCCAACUAACUGAGCCUGGAAGAGAGCCACCUACGCCAGAGAAAGACAUUUCAGAAAAAGAAAAGGAAAAGUAUCAAGAGGAGUUUGAACACUUCCAGCAAGAACUGGACAAGAAGAAGGAGGAAUUCCAGAAGGGCCACCCUGACCUCCAGGGACAGCCCGCGGAUGACAUCUUUGAGAGCGUAGGUGAUCGAGAGCUGAGACAAGUCUUUGAAGGACAGAAUCGUAUUCACCUGGAGAUCAAGCAGCUUAACCGGCAGCUCGAUAUGAUCCUUGAUGAACAGAGGAGAUAUGUCUCAUCCCUGACCGAGGAGAUCUCCAGGAGAGGAACAGGGACCUCGGUGCAGCCUGGGCAGGUCUCCCAACAGGAACUGGAUAGUGUAGUGAAGACCCAGCAUGAGAUUUUGAGACACGUGAAUGAGAUGAAGAACUCCAUGAGUGAAACAGUCCGGCUGGUCAGCGGCAUACAGCACCCGGGCUCAGCAGGCGUCUACGAGACCACUCAGCACUUCAUGGACAUCAAGGAGCACCUGCACGUGGUGAAGAGAGACAUCGAUAGCCUCGCGCAGCGCAGCAUGUCAUCUAAUGAAAAGCCAAAAUGCCCAGAACUACCACCGUUUCCAUCAUGUUUAUCCACAGUCCACUUUGUGAUAUUUGUAGUGGUGCAGACAGUGCUGUUCAUUGGCUAUAUCAUGUACAGGACUCAGCAAGAAGCAGCUGCCAAAAAAUUCUUUUGACCUUCAUUUUCCUAUAUGUACAUCAUGUAUGUAUGUGCAAAUGUUGUCUUUUUGAGGGGAUUUAGUAUUUAAAUUGCUUCAUAGUCUAAGUUAUUAAAUUUUGUAUAAAGUAACUCUUGAGAACAUUCAUUUUUCAUAAAAAUAAAUGUUAAAGACAACCACAUUUUGUUCAUAGUACUACAUGUCUUUAAACUUCAGAGAGUGUCUGGUAGGCAGGGGGCAGCCACUGCAGAGGGCAUUACCUUCUACAUCUCUGGCAUUGGAGGUUUCUUCAUUUAUCUAAACAUACCUGCCCUUUUUCCACAGAAUAUGAGGUCUAAACAAGAGCACCCUAUUCUUGCGUGUUCAGUAACCAGUCAUUUUUAGGCGUGAGCAUUUUCUAAUAAAGGAGUGGGUUCUACAGUCCUUUAGCCCCAGCACAGCUCCCUCUAGGAUCAGUGACUGGUCUGAGAGCUUUAAACUAGAUGCCAGGCAUUUGAGCACUUGCUGAAAUGUUUCCCCUCUGUUUUCAAUGUGGAUCCACUUUUAAAGAAAAUUUUGGUGGAAAACUAAUAACUACUUUUUCCCUACGUCAUUUAACUGAGAACAUUCCUAUGAUGAUUUUUAGUGGGUAUUUUGCCUGCUAGUGUGUUCAUUCAUGAUGGCCACUGUUUUGAAUAUCUUUGUUCCAAUAAUGUCAGUUUGAUAUUACAGUAAUAAUUUGUAUGCUCUUAAUUUGUGAAAUUUAUUUCUUCUAUGUUGUCAGACAUGUAGUUUAGUUCCAACUGCAUGUUCUGCCCCUGUUUUAAAUUCAGAAGAUUUACCAAUACCUUCUGGUUUACAUUACUCUUUGUAACCCAAGAUUUAGGACUUGCAAACUCUUCUGCCACAGAGGGCUGUGGCAGAAGCAGCUUCAAGCUAUUUGGAAGCAAAUUGGUAAAGUAAAUACUUAACUGUUUCUCCUUUAAAUGCUAGAAAUAAGGAUGUUGUGAAGUGUCCAUUUGUGAAUUAACCAGGAAGCACUAGGCUGGAAAGAGAUUCUGUCAGUACACAGUUAUUUGUAGGUGUCUGAGAAACCACCUGUGACAUUUUAAAGUGCAGAUUUCACUUUUCUUUCCACAGCUGGGCUAGACUUUCGCUGGCUUCAAGACAGCUUACCUCUUAUUAAAGUAAUGGUCUCGUUUGCUAUGGGAUCCAGAACAACACUGUUUAAUAAGAUACGCUACUAGAUUGUCCUAAGCCUUCGUAAGUUUCCUCUCAGAUGUCAUUUGCAGAUUGGGCUAACCUAAAAUCUCUAUAAAGACUUUAUGAAGAGCACUCUGCGUUGUGACUACCUAACUCAGACCGUGCGUGUGGUGUUGCCGUGCAUUUUAUGCUGGCCUUUAUCCUAGAAAUGUCACAGUGACUCCACAAAGCUCAUGGCAGCAUAAAGUGUUUCUUCCUUUACCUUCUGUAAAGUUAGCGUUUUGAAACUCAUGUUCCAAUAGUGUCAUCUUCCAGAACUUACUUCAGAAGAAUGUCAAAUUGUAGACUGCGCAUCUUGGAAAAUCUUGAGAUAAAAGGCUGCCAAAGCCAGUAUUACAGAGCCCAGAGUCAUGUGUGCCUGGACAUUAAAGGAAUCCCAGAUCUGGGCAGUGUACAUUUGUAGGCUCAAGUCCGAGGGAAGUGCACUGAUCAUUCCUAAUGUGACUGUAGCAGGGGCAGGGAUCUUUCUACUUGUUAACUGCUUAAAAAUCACAUAUCUGUCUGUAUUUGUUUUUCCUCAAAAUCAUUAAAUCUAAAUAGCUCACUUCUGAGCAAAACCUUGCUCUGUGGAAAACUAUCACUGCCGGAACUCCUCAAUCUCUGUAGUGUCUUGUGUAAUUGGAAUAACUCACUUCUCACACCAGCAAGUAUUUUACAGGUGCCUUGGAUUAAAACAAAAUUUAUUUUAAAACUUUAAUGUAAGUCAUUAUUUAUGAUACCACUUUUAAAAGAAAUCUCAAUUAUGUACUUGCUGUAAAGGCUUGUGUAAUAGGCUCUGUGCAUUCUAAUUAUUUGAAUGCUUCAUUUAGUUUAAAACUUCACCAUGAAGUCACAAACAAUAACCAGUGUUUUAUCACUAUUGAAGGCACACCGGUUUUUUUCAGAGUAUGGCCCAUGGACCAACCAUUCAGUUCAUGGAAUACUUAUUAAGAAUACAGAUCCCAAGGCCCCAUUCCAGUCCAUCUACAUCACAACUCAGGUGGGGCUUCAGAGUGUCCAUUCCACAGACACCACAGACAUAGCACACUGAGAACCACUAGAACGAGGAGUUGGGGAAAGUGUUUGACGGGUGUUUGUUUUGUGGGCUCAGAGCUGAGCUGUGCCCAUUUUCACUGUUAUUGGGGUCAGCAUCUGUGCUGGUCCUUCUCUUCAUCUUAGCGUUCAUUUUGCUAAAACUCUCCGUUCAUUAGCAACUACAAACUAAGUCCAGGCCGUUGGCUGACCUCUUGGCACUUAGUGGUGAUGCUGAAACCUGCAGAAUCAUCUCUGGCUCGUGGCAGAGCAUAACAGAGCCCAGUGUGGAGCCCGCCUGCAAAGCUGUUACCUUCCUCACAGUCACCUUCUCGUCCCAGACAGCUGCACGUGUUGGUAACCGGAGCAAAGUGGAAAAGACUUGAAUAAGGGGUUGCUUACCUGUGCCUUGCAGAGAAUUCGUCUCUGUAAAGAACAUUACCGCUGUGGUUACUGGGGUCUGAUCCUCUCAGUGCCCACAUGCUGGUUGGAGGAAGGCAAUGAACAAAUUAGUCAUUGGGAAUUUUGAAUUUGUAAGAUUUAGGGUGAGGUCAGCUCUUAAAACUUUUUAAAUCUGUGUGUUGCCCAUUUUAAUAUAUUUCUUUUAUGAUGUUAAAGUUUAAAAGGGUUUUCUAUCCACUGUCAAUUUCAAUUAUAUAACAUUUUGUCAAGGUUUUUUUUUGUUUGUUUUGUUUUCCUUUUCUGAUUGUUACUUGAUGCUAGCUGGAAUUCAAGAAAUGUCAAUGACCUUAUUCAAAUAAAAGAAAUAUUUUAGUAAA